GGGUUCGGAAAUCUCACCUCACACCGGGAGCAGCAGGGUGGGGAGACUAGAAACAGCCCCGGGCAGUUUUCUAAGACCAAGAGAGUGGGGGGACUUGAAACAGAUGCAGGCUGUAAAACUGGAAUGGACCAAGAGAGAGGGGAGUCUGGAGGAGAAGUAGAGCUGGACUGACAGUGAUGGAAGAAUCUGUACCCGCAUACACACUCAGCUCUGCUGGGUUUAGGUUGUACAUAUCCAGCUUUUUUUUUUGCAGGUAAAGGAUCUUCACUGGUGGUGAGGGCUGCCUACAGUCAGGUGAUGGGGUGAGCUGACAGCUGGGAGAUCCUAAUACAAUGUAGUGUGGUGUUUCCAUAUUCCAGUUACAUGUUACACAAGCUGAGGAAGAGAGAAAUUGAGUGUCCAGGAGGUGAAUACUUUUCAGGAACUUACUGUUGUGAGUUCUGUAAGCCAGGAACAUAUGCAAAGAAUGACUGCACGGAAAAUCAUGGUAAACCAGUAUGCCAGACUUGUGAUGGAGAGCAUUACAUGGAUGCUGACAAUGGAAAUGGAAUGUGCCAUAAAUGUUCGCACUGUGACAAUCAGUUAGGUCAAGAAGAGCUGCGAGCCUGUACCGUACGCACAAAUACUGUAUGCAGAUGUAAAGAGAAACAUUUCUGUGCUGAAAAUCAAAGUGAAUCUGACGGCUGCAUGAAGUGUGAACAUUGCAAAGAGUGUCAGUACGGAGAUGCAGAACCAUGUUCAGCCACCAAAGACACAGUGUGCAAGCAACCAAGAAAUCACUACUACUUAAUAUUUUUAAGUGUGGCUCUGAUACCCUUUGGUAUUUUGCUCUAUGCACUGAAGCGAAACAAUGGCAAUACAGACAAAUCUAGACAGUCUGAAGAACAGCGUGAGAACAAUACAAACAAUUCUAGACGGCCUGAAGAACUGCCUUUCGUUUUUCCUAAAGAACUUGAAGAUAUUGACUUGAGUCGUCAUUUAGCAGACUUCUCUCAGAAAAUGGAUCAUAAAACCGUUGUUGAUGUCGUACGGAACAUGGAAUUAAAAGAAGCAACAGUUGAGGAAAUUAGACUUGAUCAUGCACAUAGUCAUAAUGAUCAAAAAAUUUAUCUGCUGAAAGCAUGGUAUGAAAGUUAUGGGAGGAAAGGGGCAUUUCAGCAGCUUAUCAGAACACUUCGAAACAUUGACAGGCGAGUAACGGCUGAAGAGCUAAUAAACAUCACUAGAAGCCACGGGGAUCAAAGUGAAGAUUAAUGGUCUGAAAUGCUUCCAUUAUACUGCUACGAGGAAGGCAAAGCUUGGCACAAAUAGCAGGAUUGUGUGCAUUAAAGGGGUACUCCCGCCAUAAUACAUGUUAUCCCCUAUUCAAAGGAUAGGGGAUAAGAUGGCAAUCUGUCAUUCAGCACCCACCUUUGUGAGCUCUCUGCAUCGCUGGAGGCUCCAAGUGUGCAGAGUGACUACCACAGGGCGGGAGUAUCGUGAUGUCACGACUCCACCCCGUGUGACAGAUUGCGGGGGUCCCCAGCAGCAGGACCCCCACUAUCGAACAUCUAAUCUAAGAUGUAUUAGGGCCAGAGUACCCCUUUCAUAGUGAAACAUUCGUAUACUAGCUCAAAGAAUUGGGCACAGAUUUACAUGUGAAUGUCUUAUGUCCAGGAUCUGUAUGUCCUAUGAUCUCUGUUUGUGCUAGCUCUAAUAUAUUUAGUUUGGACUGAAGGUUUCCAAUUUACAGUGUAAAGUCAUGAGAAUAAAUAUUAGAAAAUAUAAUACUUAGAGGGGUUAUCUAAAGAUCACUACCCCAAUGAUCUGAUGAUUCUGUAGGUCCGGCCUGUGGAACCUCCACCAAUCAGCUGUCCAGAUGGCAAUGCAGGAAAAGUGCAGUAUUAUAUGUCCUCCAUGUGAUACACGGAUGUGCAGGUCGUGCCAGGGUGGGAGCUGCUCUUCAUGGUGACAUUAUGCUUAUACACAGCAGCCAAUCUGAACAAGCAGAACUACCGUGUAAAUCAUGCAGGGGCACAAAGCAGCAGACCAAGCUACAGAUGAGAAAAUAAGUUGAUUCAGCCUACUUCAGUCUCCUGUUAAACAGUGCAGCUAGACUUUUAUUAUUAUUAUAGCAGUGCACUAAUGGAGCAGAGGGAGAAUACAGCAAAUACCAAAUAUUAAAUAGUUAAGAAAAUAGAUAGAAGAUAGGCAAAACUAAGAGACUUAUAACAUGAACACAUAUUGCAGCAUAAAACAUUUACUUGCAUCUCACCCAUGAUUAAAGAUUUCGUUCGAGAUUAUAGUUCAUUGGUGGAAAUUUCUAAAAUCCUGUACAGAGGAAAAGUUGACCAGUUGCCCAUAGGCCUUUUAAAAAAAUAAAUAAAAAGUAAUUAAAUCCACCCCUCUGAUGCCCACAUGCCUUAAUAUAGCAUAAAGACAAGUGUUGUUUCCUAUGGGGUGGGUAUGUAAAUUUUGAGAGUUUACAACAGGUAGUUGGUUGAGCUGGACCACAUGUCUGAUUCUACAGGGUCUCGCAUACAUAAUGUAUAUUGUCUGUUUUCUCUACUUGAAUUCACAUAGUGUCUUCUAUCCCCUUCUUUUUUUGUUGUUUUUACUUGGUCUGCACUCUGCCCCACCCCCGCAGCCCAACCCUAUAUAAAUGAGCAGGAAGUUGCUCAGGGCCCUUUCUUUUCUGGCCGCCUCCCAGUCUGACUGGGAGCAUAUGGUAAGUGAGCUCUUACACCUUGUUCACACUGGUGCAGUGCUGUGCAGCAUCCAUUGCUGCCAUGGCACCGUGUCUGUGGGGAGGCGGGGCCCUGAGACUGGUUUGAGUGUCAUUGGGGCUGCUCUGCCAGUAGGUUGUUCCCCCUUUGGGCACUGGUGUUGCGGCGGUGGUGGUCGACGCCCAGUACUACGCCAUUUUAUGCUAGGGAUGUUAGGGACCCACUCUAAAUAGGUGGCCUUGACAUGGCGAGUGGGCUUUGUACUUUUUGACCAAAAUGUAUACUAACAACCUGUUAGUUUGUGAAUUUCUACUGAGAAGCAAGUAGAUCAAAAUACAAAUUGUGGAUGUGCGACCAUGUCUGUUUUCUCUACUUGAAUUCACAUAAUGUAUAUUGUGUUUUUCAGUGAAAUUGUAUGUUUACAUUUGUAACAUUGUAUAAUGUGAAUUAAAUUAAAUGAAUUUAAAUGAUGUUCUAAGCACUGGAUAUCUCUACUCAUUGUGUGGAAUAUACUGUACCUGCUAUACAAGAGCAGCAAGCAGGGAUGAAUCACACUGGUGCAGAUAUAGCAGCCACCACAAGGUAUUGGUGAUUGAGGCCAAAGGUUCCUCUGCCAUAUGAGUAGACACAAAUAUUGUAAAUAGCAAAUCUGGUUGUGUGGCAGAAUUCGCACUGGGGACCAGAUGCAUCAUUUAUACCACUAGGAGUAUGGGACAAGCACUCCUCUGUGCUCACUCCUGUCUUACAGACUGCAUCAUGAAAAAAGAGGAGGGGUUACAGAGCAGUCUGAAGUGAUUGAAUGAAGAAACGCAUGGUGAGUGUGGGUAGGCUCAGUGCUUGCCUCAAACACACCCCUUCCUGAGCAGUGGAUGUCAGAAUGAGGGAGCAGCAGAAUGGAGGGAUUUGUGAUAAGUGAUUUCCCUCCCUUAUGUCAUGUGAACUAUUAGUGUUACAAGGUCUCAGGUGUGAUUGGGGAUCAGGUGUCUCAAAUUAGGUCUUAUUGCUCUCACACUUUCUAAUUCUUGUCACUGGAAGUUCAGCAUGGUACCUCAUGGCAAAGAACUCUGAGAAAAAUAAUUGUUGCUCUACAGAAAGAUGGCCUAGGUUAUAAGGAGAUUGCCAAAACUCUGGAACUGAGCUGCAGCAUAUUAGGCAAGACCAUACAGUGGUUUUAGACAGAUUCCAAGACAGAUUCCACUCAGAACUGGCCUCGCCAUGGUCGACCAAAGAAGUUGAGUGCACAUGCUCAGCGUCAUAUCCAGAGUUUUUUUUGGGAAAAUAGAUGUAUGGGUGCUGCCAGCAUUGCUGCAGAAGAUGAAGGGGUGGGGGUAAUCCUGUCAGUGCUCACACCAUAAACCGCACACUGCAUCAAAUUGGAAACAAAAUUAUCAUUCCUGAUUUUUCUGAAAAAAUAAAACUACUUAUUCUGAAAGAAAAAAAAAUAAUACUGGAACCAUGUCUGAUGAGACCAGGAUAAAUGUAUUUGGUUAAGAUAAUGUCAAGUAUGUGUGGUGGCAACCAGGUGAGGAGUACAAAGACAAGUGUGUCUGGCCUACAGUAAAGCAUUGCAGUGAGAGUGUCAUGGUCUGGGGCUGCAUGAGUGAAGUGUUAGG